GUCUCAAAAGUGUGUGCCUUACCUAAAACAAGCAAAAAAUCCUCAUAUUCUUAAUUUGAGUCCGCCGCUUGAUUUGAAUCCGAUGUGGUUUAGCAGACAUUGCGCUUAUACAAUGUCAAAGUACGGAAUGUCAAUGUGUGUUUUGGGAAUGCAUGAAGAAUUUCGGAAAGAUAAUAUUGCUGUUAACGCUAUUUGGCCUCGGACUGCCAUUUGGACUGCUGCAUUGGAUAUGCUAACAGAGGGAAAAGGAAAACAAAUGAGCAGAAAGCCAACAAUUAUGGCUGAUGCAGCAUAUAUUAUUUUGAGCAGAAAUUCAAGAGACUUUACCGGCAAUUUUUGCCUUGAUGAAGAUGUCUUAAAAGAGGAAGGAAUCACUGACUUUUCACAAUAUUCCUAUGAACCAAAUGCUGAACUGCUUCCUGAUUUUUUUGUACCCGGAGCUGAGUUUCAAGCUUAUCUUCCAUGGAAGAAAAUGUUUGAAAAGAGCAAGAUUUAAACAUUAUACUUUUAAAAAUUUGGCCUAUAAAAAACUAAAUAUUAAGCAGAAAAGUAUUUUGUAAAUUUUUUUAAAGAAUUUAAUAUGUAGAUAAAAGGUAAUUG